GCUGUCAUAAUACGGUUUUCUAAGUUUUUCAAGAACAAAAACAAUCGGCAUUUAAGUGUAAUAUGCUGAAAGCUUUGAACAGGAAAUCCUUCCUUACGCUUUAUUUAUCUGUUCUGCGUCCUUGUUUUGUCAUGCAGUCCAAUUUGGCUACACCGGCAGUAUGCGGCAGUGGCAGUGCCGACGCAGACGCAGACAAAUACUCAGUGGCUUAUGUGACAGUGCCCAACAAUGAGGUAGCAAAGACCCUGGCUCACGGGCUAGUGAAGCAACAACUGGCAGCCUGCGUGAACAUCAUCCCUCAAAUCACCUCGGUGUACAUGUGGAAAGGAGAGAUUAAUGAGGAUAAUGAGUUGCUGCUAAUGAUUAAGACAAGGACAUCUCAAGUAGACCAGCUGACAACAUAUGUACGCUCCAACCACCCAUAUGAGGUGUGUGAAGUUAUAUCCUUACCAAUUAAAAAUGGAAACCCACCAUAUCUCAAGUGGAUUGGGGAGACAGUGCCAGAAACUGAAACUAAGGUCUGUCAGAAGAAAUAAUUAAAUUAGUUUAGUAUAAUAGUCUUUGUCGUCUUUGUAAUAAGUUCCCAUAUCAAACCAGUUUAAUUAUGUAAUAGUUUUGUAUUUUUGGUUAAUAAUUAAGCACAGCUAUUAAAUAAGUACAAGCAUUUAUUUGGUUGGUAUUUUGUUGUGUGA